AGCACUAAUUGGCUAAAAUGCAAGUCAAUAGAUAAUAAUAAAUAAAAAGUCACGUGAUCAGAGGCUGUCAGAAGAUGUUUAGAUACUAGGUAAUCACAGAGGUAAAAAGUGUAUUAAUAUAACAGUGUUGGUUAUGCAAAAAAAUCAAAAUCACAGAAAUACAAUAUAUUCCAUUGCGCACACAUGUUUUAUGUAACAUUUUGUUGUUCAGUUUUCUCUAUAGACAGUAGAUGGCGACAUAACAUAACUCAAACCACAACGGGCUGGGCCUACUUAUGACUGUUUUGAGACGGCGUUUCCUCAGCCUUGCUCUUUGGGGUGGAGUCCUGCAGUUUUAUUCUUGUGGCAACAAAUACAAGUUCCCUGCUUCAGGUGCCCAGUAGCUUCUAGCUUUGUUCUGUAGUAUGGCUGGCACUAGAGUAGCGGUAGUGACAGGCAGUAACAAGGGCAUAGGGUUUGCCAUAGUGAGAUCCCUGUGCAAGAAUUUCCAGGGGGAUGUGUAUCUGACAGCCAUUAACCCCAAGCUGGGGCAGGAGGCCGUGAAGGAUCUAAAGGACAAGGAAGGAUUGUCAGCUCACUUUCAUCAGCUGGACAUCAACGACCUCCAGAGUAUCGGGAACAUUAGAGAUUUCUUCAAGAAGAAGUACGGGGGGAUUGACGUGCUCAUUAACAAUGCUGCAAUUGCUUUUAAAGUUGCCGACACUACCCCGUUUGUUAUUCAAGCUGAAGUCACCUUGAAAACCAACUUCUUUGCUACUAGAGAUGUCUGUAAUGAACUCUUACCCCUUAUAAAGCCAGGAGGUAGAGUUGUCAACGUAUCCAGCAUAGCUAGCGUUAAUGUCCUGGCAAAAUGCAGUCCUGAACUCCAGAAGCUGUUUCGUAGUGACUCCAUCACAGAGGACGAACUGGUAAAAUUAAUGAAAAAGUUUGUUGAAGAUACCAAAAAUGGAGAUCACCAAGAAAAGGGUUGGCCAAACUCAGCUUAUGGAGUAUCCAAAAUUGGGGUGACAGUGCUUUCCAGGAUCCAAGCACGGCUUCUCAAUAAGAAGAAAAAGGGGGAUGGGAUUUUACUCAAUGCCUGUUGUCCUGGAUGGGUAAGGACCGAUAUGGCUGGUCCCAAGGCUCCCAAGAGUCCAGAUGAAGGUGCAGAGACACCGGUUUAUUUGGCUUUACUGCCCCCUAAUGCCGAUUCACCUCAUGGGCAGUUUGUAAAGGAAAAGGAAGUUAGAAAAUGGUAAUAAAAUUUACAAUAAAUGCAGAA